GGUGACCCGGUCGCCUGACCGCAGUGAGUGAGGCCGGGAGGGCGGGGCCGCGCCGGCUGCUGGGGCUCGCCCUUGGCCCUUUAAUCCCCUUCGUGGGCCCCUCAAGCUGGAGCGGCCACGUUCUUGGGGCUUCGCCGGGGGUUGUGCUCUUCCGUACUCGGAUCGCUUCUUAGAAAUAUUCUAACUGCCGGAUUGUCAGUGGCUUCGCCCCGAGGAGAGCUGACUGCCCUGGGCUGCUGCCUCCGGCAGAGCUGAGCCAAAAUGUCCCCGGAAUCUAAAAAGCUUUUCAACAUCAUUAUUUUAGGAGUUGCCUUUAUGUUUAUGUUCACUGCCUUUCAAACUUGUGGAAAUGUGGCGCAAACUGUCAUCAGGAGUUUAAAUAGCACAGAUUUUCACGGCAGUGGAUAUACCAGCAUGGCUAUUAUCUACGGAGUGUUCUCUGCUUCAAAUUUGAUUACACCGUCAGUGGUUGCCAUUGUAGGACCUCAACUCUCUAUGUUUGCCAGUGGUUUAUUUUACAGCAUGUACAUUGCCGUUUUUAUCCAGCCUUUCCCAUGGUCCUUCUACACAGCCUCUGUUUUCAUUGGAAUUGCUGCUGCUGUGCUUUGGACAGCACAAGGAAACUGCCUGACAAUAAAUUCGGAUGAGCACACCAUUGGGAGAAACAGUGGAAUUUUCUGGGCACUUCUGCAGUCUAGCUUGUUCUUUGGAAAUCUCUACAUAUAUUUUGCCUGGCAAGGGAAAACUCAGAUAUCAGAGAGUGACCGAAGAACAGUGUUUAUUGCGCUGACGGUGAUUAGCCUUGUGGGGACAGUUCUGUUCUUUCUCAUUCGGAAACCAGAUUCUGAAAAUGUCCUAGGAGAAGAUGAGUCUUCUGAUGACCAGGACAUGGAAGUCAACGAGUCUGCCCAGAACAAUCUGACAAAGGCGGUAGAUGCUUUUAAAAAGUCUUUUAAGUUAUGUGUCACCAAGGAGAUGCUCCUUCUUAGUAUCACAACUGCUUAUACAGGUCUGGAAUUAACUUUCUUCUCUGGUGUAUAUGGAACCUGUAUUGGUGCUAUAAAUAAAUUUGGAGCAGAAGAGAAAAGCCUUAUUGGACUUUCUGGCAUUUUCAUCGGCAUUGGAGAAAUUUUAGGUGGAAGCCUCUUCGGCCUGCUGAGCAAGAACAAUCGUUUUGGUAGAAAUCCAGUUGUGCUGUUGGGCAUCCUGGUGCACUUUAUAGCUUUUUAUCUAAUAUUUCUCAACAUGCCUGGAGAUGCCCCGAUUGCUCCUGUUAAAGGAACUGACAGCAGUGCUUACAUCAAAUCCAGGUAUAGUGGCUGUCAUUUCUCUAGUCACUUGAGGACGGGUGGGAGCGAGCAGAAUGGUAUACGCCGCACGUGGUCGAGGGCUGUGCUCGAAAUUAUGAUGCCGGCAGGGGGGGGGUGCCGACCCGCCUUGGGCGUUGACCAAGAGCGUACGAGGGGAUCUAUUUGCGCAGCCGUGGCAUUUUUCUACAGCAACUACCUUCUCCUUCACUGGCAACUCCUGGUCAUGGUGAUAUUUGGGUUUUUUGGAACAAUUUCAUUCUUCACUGUGGAAUGGGAAGCUGCCGCCUUUGUAGCCCGCGGCUCUGACUACCGAAGUAUCUGAUCUGGUGUCCGUGAGGGGACACGUAUGACCUCAGAAACACAGCUGGACACAGAGCUUGGUGGAAGAAGUCGCCUUUGAUCUUCACUAUAUAUUGGGUGAUGUUCAGUAUGGAAAAUCAAGGGAUUAAGACUGUUCAAUCAGCCAGAGUUGGUGUUCAAGUUUACAGAUAUGAGUUAUUUAAAGCAAGUGGAAUAAGGGAAAGCUGUUCUGUCAACUGUAGUUGUUCAAAGAUGUUGUUUUUCAUUUCAUCUAUCUCAAUUCUUAUAAUCAUGUUAUAGAAUGUAAAUGUUUUCUUCUCCCUCCUGCUCGUGUUGGAAGAUCCUGCCUUGAUUUAGAAUACUAGGCCGUAUGUCAUAUAAAUAUUUUUUCUGGC